CCCCAUUUCCUAAACCCUUCCCUUCGCUUUUUUUUCUUCAACUCACAACCUUCCUUCUUCGAGAUCAAAGGUGAUAUCUUUCUCUCAAAUUCUUUUUCGAUUUUUCUCCAUCUCCUUUUGCCACUUUUGCUCAUGGUUUUACAUCGUGGCUUUAUUUUUAUAUGCCGUCUUAUAUCUUCAAAAAGUUUGAGCAUUUUUCUCUUUGGAUUCGAUUAGAAAUACUAUUGAUCCCCCCACUAAACAUAUUUAACAUGUUUUCGAAUUGGAUUUGGUUUUGGAAAUUUUCCUUGGGGAGAAUUCAGCUGAUGGGUGCCGGAUCUUCAAGUCAGAACUCCUCUCCUGUUGUAUCCAUAAAAUCGUUGGAUGACCAAGGUUCUGCGCCCGAUGUAAAGCCAAAGAAGAAGAUCUGUUGUGCUUGCCCCGACACUAAGAAGUUGAGGGAUGAAUGCAUUGUGGAGCAUGGCGAAUCUGCUUGUGAAAAAUGGAUUGAGGCUCACCGCAAAUGCCUUCGUGCAGAAGGGUUUAAUGUUUGAAAUGUUAGAUAGCUUUCAUAAUCAACUUGGAUAGUUGAAAACAUUAUUAUGGAGUACAUUUUUUGAAGUUAUAGAGAUCGGAAAAAUUAACUUGUUUUGAAAAUAAGAAACAAUGUAAAAACAACUGUUCCAUUCUCUGAUAUUGAGAAAUUUAUGAAGCAAUAUUGCUCA